GCGUGGCGCGAUGACGUCACGGCUGGCUGUCUGGCUGCCGGAGACGCACAAAGUUUUUUUUUCGCGCGGAGCCGCAGAGACGGGGCUGCGGGAGGGGAGCGGAGCGGAGCGGCCGAGAGCAGCCGCCCGGACACCAGAGCAAGGGAGUAAAUGGGACCCACAGAGAGAAGAUCGUUGUCAUUUCUUGGUGAAUGCAGAGAAUGUGUGAAUGCAUUGACUAUAACACUGUGUUGACCAAGUGUUGCAAAAGUGGAGACAAAAUCAAGUGAAGUAGUUCAGUAACAAAUUCCUGAUGGCCCAAAGCAGCAUCUUUGCACUCUUGCUGCUGGUUAUGGUCCUGAAGAUCUUCAGAUGUGGAGCUGAAGAUGUAUCCUGCUGUUACCAAGCUAGAGAGUAUCCAAUUUGCAGAGAUGCAUGUGAACAGCUUACAUCCACAAAAAGUGAGUCUCGACUGAAACAUCUUCUACAACGAUUGCCUGGUUACUGUCCUGAGUCCAUGGUUGAGUUCUGGGUUUGCAUCAACUCUUCUUUGCCUGGUGCAUCGAAGAAGCCUGAAGGUUGGGUUGGCCUUGGGUGUUGCGAGCUGGCCAUUGCUGUGGAAUGUCGACGUGCAUGCAAACAGGCCUCCUCAAAGAAUGACCUUAAAAGCUGCAGAAAAGAAUAUGAGACUGCCUUUUACAGCUGUGUGAACAGAAAUGAGAUGGGCUCCCUAUGUUGUAGCUAUGCAGGACGACACACAAACUGCAGAGAAUAUUGUCAAGCAAUUUUCCGCACAGAUUCUUCUCCAAGUCAAUCGCAGAUUAGAGCAGUAGAAAACUAUUGUGCCUCUAUCAGUCCACAGCUUAUUCACUGUGUUGACAACUAUACACGUUCAUAUCCCAUGAAAAAUCCCAUUGACAGCUUGUAUUGCUGUGACAGAGCAGAGGACCAUGCUUGUCAAAGCACGUGCCGAAGAGUGCUGAUGACAAUGGCAACAGAGCAUGAAAUUGUUGAUGGACUUAUCGAAGGUUGUAAAAAAAUGCCGCUGCCUCAGGAUCCACUCUGGCAGUGCUUUCUAGAAAGUUCCGGAUCAAAUAACACUUCAAAUGGGUUACCAGCUACAGCUGUCGAUGGUGCUAAAUUACACUGUUGUUCAAAAGCAAAUACAUCUGUCUGCAGGGAUCUGUGUAUUAAGUUAUACAGCACAAGGUGGGGAAGUGCAACACACUGGCAAGAAUUUGACAGGAUCUGUGAAUAUAACCCUCAGGAAGCCUCUAUGUUUAUGUGCUUGGCUGAUGUAAGAGAACCAUGCCAGCUGGGUUGCCAGAGUCUGAAAUACUGUACUAACUUCAAUAACCGACCCACAGAAUUGUUCCGAAGUUGCAAUGCUCAGUCAGACCAAGGAGCCAAGAAUGACAUGAAACUUUGGGAGAAAGGGACAAUCAAGAUGCCAUUUAUGAAUAUCCCAGUGCAGAAUAUCAAAACCUGCCAACCAGAAAUGUGGAAAGCAGUUGCUUGCUCACUACAGAUUAAGCCAUGCCACAGCAAGUCUGGGGGAAGUGUCAUCUGCAAGUCAGACUGUUUGGACAUUCUUAGGAAUUGUGGGGAUCACAGUAAAUUUCCAGAUGAACAGACAGCAGAAACCAUCUGCGAUCUUUUGUCACCUAGUGAUGAUUCUGAGUACUGCAUUCCACUAUCAAAGUAUCUUGCCCCAAGUCCUUUGGACAGCAUUAUUGAAGAGGUAAUCCAUCCUUGCAAUCCCAAUCCCUGUGCAAAUAACCAGGUGUGUGAAGUUAAUCGAAAAGGUUGUCUGGCAGGACAGGAAUGCCUUCCUUUUCUAUGUGUGCAAGGGUGCAAGUUAGGAGAGGCUUCAGACUUCCUUGUUCGCCUGGGUAACCGCAUUCAGCUUCCUGUGACAAGUGGAGAAAUGGGUUGUUAUAAAGUGUGCACUUGUGGACCAAGUGGACGGCUGGAGACUUGCAUGGAAAUGCCCUGUAUUGAUGUACAAAAAACCUGCAUUGUAGGUGGUCAAAGAAAAAAUCAUGGAACGUCUUUUAGAGUGGAUUGUAACACGUGUUCAUGUUUUGCUGGGGACCUGAGCUGUUCAAGCCGCCAGUGUUUAAGUGAAUACAGUUCUCCAGAGGAUCGGAACAUGUUCACAGGACUUCCCUGUAACUGUGCUGACCAAUUUGUACCAGUCUGUGCCCUUAAUGGCCGCACCUACCCAAGUGCCUGCAUUGCCCGAUGCGUUGGACUCCAAGACAAUCAGUUUGAAUUUGGAUCUUGUGCCUCCAAAGCCCCUUGCACUCCUAAUCGAUGCCCCAAAAACGAAAGAUGCAUCCCUAAGCCAAAGGUCUGUCUCACUGGUAUUGAUUUGAUUGAUUGUGACCAAUAUGAGUGCAUCUCCAGACCAGUCAAUUGUGAACUGCUCGCCAUCGAACCAGUCUGUGACACUGAAAAUGUGGAACAUAUUAAUCUAUGUGCCUUGUACCAAAGAUCCAAAACCUUGUCCUACACUGGCCCAUGUCAGGAUGUCUGUAGAUAUGAGGCUGUCUGUGGCCAUAAUGGUGAAACAUACAAUAAUGUGUGUGCUGCCUAUUCGGAUCGUGUAGCAGUGGACUACUACGGGAGUUGUCAAGCUGUGGGCAUUCUCUCGGAUUUCAGUUCUCACCCCGAGUGUUCGUCUGUCACGUGUCCAUCACUUCCAAGCAGCAGAUGCAAACCGGUCACACCACCUGGAGCUUGUUGCCCCUUAUGUGCUGGAAUGCUCCGUGUUUUAUGGAGUAAUGAUCAGCUGGAUAGCCUCGCUAAGUUAAAUGAUGCAAGACCAGUGUCCGUACAUGACAUCCUCCACACUUUACGCCUACACAUUUCAGUGCCUCAGUGUGAUAUUUUUGGAUACCUAAGUAUAGAAUCUGACCUUGUGAUCCUCAUCAUUCCAGUUGGUCAGGAUCCAACAACAUUGCAGAUUGAAGCUUGCAAUAAAGAGGCUGAGAAGAUUGACUCUCUGAUAAAUACUGGUAGUCCAGCAUUGAUGGCUCACGUUCCACUGUCAGCACUCACCACUUCACAGGUCCAGGUUUCAUUAAGAGGUUCUUCUGGGUCUGCAAUGACAAUCCUUUCUACGACUGCACUUUUACUAAACCUGUUGGUUUCUUUUUCAGGGUUUUUAGGUUUCAGAUAGCCAUUCCUUAUUUUCAAUAAGAACAAAUUGUGUUUAACUUGAUAUUAAGUUACAGGUAGAACAACAAUCCCCGAAGCGUUGAAUACAGAAGAUAACAAGCCAUCAAACAUUCAGCGGUUUAAAACAAUUCUGCUGAAUGCCNUUUUUUUUGUAUCUUACAAAUAUAAAUUCAAAAUAUAUCUUUUGAUAGAAACCUUUUUAUGAAGGAAAUUAUAUACUUUAUUUGAAGGAGUUAAU